AUGGUUCAAUACUUCGAAUCCAUUUCAGAUGAUUUUCGUGACUGGGCUUUACGCCAGAGCGUCUUCUUCGUGGCCUCGGCGCCUCUGCGUGGUCGCCACGUGAACCUGUCUCCGAAAGGCCUACCAGACGCCUCUUUCGCCAUUCUGGGCCCUAAUGAAGCAGCUUACGUAGAUGGGCCAGGUUCUGGCAAUGAGACGAUUAGUCAUUUGCGAGAAAAUGGCCGUAUUACUGUGAUGUUCUGCUCUUUUGACAAGUCACCGCGCAUUCUGCGACUGUUUUGCACGGGCUCAGUUGUUGAAUGGACCGAUCCCCAGUUUCCUCAAUAUUUGGAGCGCAUGGCAGGAAAACAUCUCAUAGGCGCCCGUGCUAUUAUUCAUCUGGACGUUUUUAAGGUCCAAACAUCGUGUGGGUUCGGUGUGCCACAGUUAGCUUUGACUCAUGACCCGGAGACCAACGAAGUGAAGCCAUAUCUCAAAGACCGCGAAAUGAUGGCCUAUUGGGCUGGUAAAAAGGUGAGUGCAGGCCAGAUGCGCGCGUAUCAGCAAGAGUGGAACGCUAGUAGUCUAGACGGGCUUCCUGGUCUUCAUUCCGCACUGAGAGAUAAUCACAAGAGUGUAUGGUGGGCACAGUUGGAAGGUUGGAUGAAUCGCCAUCGAUAUGAGCUGGAAACGACGAAGACUUCAAUCUUGCUUUUGUUUGUGGGUAUGGCGAUCCUGCAGUGGGCUGGGUAUAUAUAG